GGCUUUGGGUGUCCCGGAGGGAGGAGCUAGUCUGCAGCGGGCGGAGCUCCGAGCUGGGCCCGGCUUAGGCUGGGUGCUCUGGCCGGUGGCCCUCUUUCUCUAGCUGCCCAGCCUGAGGCUGCCAGCCUGAGCCAUGGGCUGCCGGGCUCUCCUGCUCCUGCCGUUCCUAUCACUUGGGGCCGCCACGACGAUCCGGUCUGGGCUAAAGACCCUCGGCAGCCUGCACUUGCCAACCAACCCCACAUCCGACCCUGCCGUAGCCAAUAACUACUCAGUUCUUUACUUCCAACAGAAGGUCGACCACUUUGGAUUCUCCGACACGAGAACUUUUAAACAGCGGUACCUAAUAGCUGAUCAACACUGGCAGACAAACGGUGGGUCAAUACUGUUCUACACCGGGAACGAAGGGGACAUCACCUGGUUUUGCAAUAAUACGGGGUUCAUGUGGGAAGUGGCUGAGGAACUGAAAGCGAUGCUGGUGUUUGCUGAACAUCGGUACUAUGGGGAAUCCCUGCCCUUCGGUGAGGACUCAUUCAAGGAUUCCCAACACUUAAAUUUCCUGACGUCAGAACAAGCCCUGGCUGAUUUUGCAGAGUUAAUCAGACACUUGAGAAGAACAAUCCCAGGAGCUGGAAACCAGCCUGUCAUUGCCAUCGGGGGCUCUUAUGGUGGCAUGCUCGCAGCCUGGUUCAGAAUGAAAUAUCCUCACUCAGUAGUUGGAGCUCUUGCAGCUUCUGCCCCUAUCUGGCAGUUUGAGGAUUUGGUUCCCUGUGGUAUAUUUAUGAAGAUUGUAACGGAAGAUUUUAGGAAAAGUGGUCCACACUGUGCAGAGAGCAUCCGCAGAUCCUGGGGUGCCAUUAACCGACUCUCCAGUACAGGUGGUGGUCUCCAAUGGCUCACAAAAGCCCUUCACCUCUGUAGCCCCUUGUCUUCUGAGGACAUCUCAUAUUUAAAAGAAUGGAUCUCGGAGACCUGGUUGAACCUGGCCAUGGUGGACUACCCUUAUGAAGCCAAUUUUCUACAGCCCUUGCCUGCUUGGCCUAUCAAGGUAGUGUGCCAGUACUUGAAAAAUCCUAAUGUAUCGGAUACAGUGCUGCUGCAGAAUAUUUUCCAAGCUCUGAAUAUAUAUUAUAAUUAUUCAGGCCAAGCGCAAUGCCUGAAUAUUUCACAAACAGCCACCGGCAGUCUAGGCUCCGUGGGCUGGAGCUAUCAGUCCUGCACAGAAAUGGUCAUGCCCUUUUGUGCUAAUGGUGUUGAUGACAUGUUUGAAACAUAUCAGUGGGACUUGGAGAAGUUUUCCGAUGACUGUUUUAGCCAGUGGGGUGUGAAACCACGGCCUCAUUGGAUAACUACCUUGUAUGGCGGCAAAAACAUCAGUUCACAUUCGAACAUCAUUUUCAGCAACGGUGACUUAGACCCGUGGUCAGGAGGUGGAGUAACCAAAGACAUCACAGAUACCCUGGUGGCGAUCAAUAUCCCCGGAGGGGCCCAUCACUUAGAUCUUCGAGCCAGCACCGCCUUCGAUCCUUCCACUGUGCUGUUAGCGCGCUCAUCGGAAGUUAAACACAUGAAGAAAUGGAUCGCAGAUUUCUAUCAAAAUGCCAGACGGCAGUCCUGAGCAACUUUAAGAAAAAUAAUUUUUUGUUUUCUUCUAUGUUCGCUCCACCCACAUUCCCUCUCACUGUGGUUUCCUGUAUGUAAUUGGUUUCUCUCCCUUGUCGUAUCUGUUGGGCCAAGACUGAGACAGAAGAGAGUGACGGGGUGCACACAGCCACCCCACCCAGGUGACUGCUCCGUCCUCAUUUCUUUGUGUCACUCCCCAGGAAGAACGUCAUCAUGGCGGCUCUCCUGCCAUCAGAACUGGCAUGGUUCCUGACUGUCUUUCAGCAGAGGGAGAGCCACUUUUCUCACAAGUGGGGACGUAGCCUUGGUUUUGAGGUGGUCGUCUCUCUGGCCCAUUGUGAGCCCCCAUUCCUGGCACCAAAGGAAAAGCAGAAGCUGGGCUAGAAAUGCUGCCGCUGCAGCUGGUGGGCUGUGCGGUGCCAAUCCAGGAAAUGGGGCGGCUUCCUGUGAGCUCCAUGGUGGCCUUUGAACUGUGCUGCAAUAAAGACCGAGGCAGACCUACCUGUGUUUUGCUCCCGUCUCCUCCGCUGUUGGGAAGGCAGUGUGCCUGGGCCUGCUGCCUUUGCAAAGUCCUUUCUUUUUCUCUUUCCCCCUUGGCAGCUUUCCUUAGUUCCUGAUAUUUGCCACCGUGGUACUGCCAGGAAGAAAUCUGGCUUCUCCUGCUCCAUUGCUCUUUGUUUCUCAGGUCUGUUUUGUCGUGACUGCCUAAAUUCUGCCAGUUUAGGAAAUGUGCUGUUUUUUUACUUUAAAACUGCACAAAUUCUGUUAAUAAAAAUCCUUUAAAAAUUGGCAAAUCAGCUAUUGAGAAAAUAGAGUGUACUUCUGUUUAUUUCAUGAAGGAAUUUCACGUUCUAGUCAUUGUUACUGGUAUCAUGGAAGCCUUAAGUGGCAGGACUCGGAGCAGCAGGUGCGUGGGGACUUUCCUGUGUGGCUUCCAGGCGACAGGCAGAGCAAUGUACACACACGGCAGAUGACGGACCCUUCCCGUCUCCAGGGGGGGUGGAACUGCCAAGCGGUUGUGAGGCCUUUCUUCCAAAGGGUUUUUUCUAGGAUAGAAAAUAAAGCAGAGUCCAGACCUUUCAGGGACACCGAGACUGACAGUCUUGUCUCUGCUGAAAGAGCUUCUCUCCCCAGUUUCUUACUAUUUUCUCAGUCAUGUCCUUACCAUUUCUUGAUUUUUAAAAAAUAUUCUCAGACCUUCAACAAGGUCUUAUUUUAUUAUUCCAUUUUUAUUUUUGAGAUUAUAAUACAAUCACAACAUUCCUCUUUUGCUUUUCCUCCCUCCAAGCCCUCCUAUAUACCCCUCCCUGCUCUCUUUUAAUUAAUUGUUAUUGUAUACAUGUAUGUACACGUAUGUAUGCACAGAUAUAUUCCUAAGUGCGGACUGCACAGUCUGUGUCAUGUUACUCUAUGAAUGGCUUCGGGAUUGGCCGUUUUGUAUGAGUAACCAGUUGAUGUGUUUUUCCCUGGGGAGGGCUGUCUCUCCAUCUCUCCGCUUUCCUUAGUUUUCUGUAGUUCUUUGCAUAGGAUGAGGCCUUAUGGGAUUUUCCCAUCCAAUUUGGUGUCGUCGUUGCUUAGCUCACGCUUAGGAUUGGACAAGGUCUAAUGGAGGACAUUAUUACUCUUAUUUUGGGAUUUUAGGUGGUUUUCCACAAAAUCUUUUUACUAAUUUGCAAGCUUUAAGAUACUUUGGCAUUUGAUGUUGUAUUAGCUGUUAGGUGAAGUUGAAAUUGAAGUUUUUUUAAAGAAAUACAUUGCAAAAGAAUUUAUGCAAGUAUAAUUUCGUUUUACUUCUGUAUAUUUUAUGUAUAUAACAACAGUCUUAACCUAUCUUGACCUUAUUUAAAUGUUCUUAAGUUAAUUUUAAAUUGAAAGAGAAUCAGAAUAUAAAGUAAGCCCUAUUAAAUCUUUAUCCUAGGGUGGCAGAUCUGCUUGUAACCCCUGGUAACUAAGAACCUCAGGCGGGAAGAUAACUUCUGCCCAGGAAUUCAAAACCAUUAUGAACAACAAAGCAAGACCCCACUGUAGAAACAAACAAACAAAAAUAUUUAAAUUGCCCUUAUAUUUGAUAAUGCGAUUACUUUAACACAUAGGAAAUGGGAAUUGUACAAAAUUAGAGUGCCUUAUUUGUCUAAAAUUGGAGUGAAAUUUUUUUUAUAUCUUUUGUUACCUUAAUUACUUAGAGUCAGUUGGAAUAAAUACAUUUAGAGAACUUCU